CUACCUAAAUGGCCAAAGCAGAUCUUUUCUGUACACUUUUCUUUUCGCGAGCCGGCAAAUUGUUGAGUUUCGCUGCAAACGCAAGAGGACCAAGCAGAUGUUGACAAAUUUCUUUCUUUGGAAUCCCGAUUAUCGUAUCUAAAUUUUCGACGUUGGGUCGUAGCAGAUAGAGAUCAUUUUCUCAUGACGAAGAUGUCAGCACGAUCCACCGCUAUCGUGUUCUAGUAGGAUGAGCCAACAUUUCGUAUUGAAUGCCCCUGAUCUUCUAUAUUUUAUUUAUAUGUUUUUUGGUUGUAUUAAGUCUAAGGCUAAGGGGCGGCCUCGGCCUGUCUCUUCAAAAUGUUUCUAAAGCGAAACUAGAUCGACAAACACCUCCGCAAGAAAGCGUGCGAACAUUUACCGAAGAUAUUUUCGAUCACCAGAAACACAAACAGUAACGACCCGAUUGUCCAUUGUAUCUAUCACCGUAGCAAGGAAGAUUGUGAACGACAGCAUCGGUACCCCCGCACCAAGAUGAACACCAUGAAUAAUCAACAUUUUUGAGCACCAUAGGGAUAGAGCAAGUGCUUGGUGCUGUUUUGUGUCCCCCCCGCAUCAACUUGUGCCAGACCACCCUUCGCUCUAUUAACCCUAUUCGAUUCCUAAAAGGAGCAGAAUGAUCCGCAGCCUCUAUAUACAGUGAAACUUCCGACACCUCCAACAAAAUGAACAACUCCACGAACUAUUGGCAGCGGGCCAAUGACAAGGGCAAGGAGAAAAAGAAGGAAAAUCCUCGGGUGUACCUGGAUGUGCAGAUCGGGCGCCGAACCGGUGGUCGCGUGGUAUUCGAGCUAUUCCUCGAUGCCACGCCGACGAUGGCCGAAAAUUUCCGGCUUUUGUGCACCGGGGAAAGGGGACGCAGUCCGUUUUCGAAGAAAGAUCUGACCUACGCGGCGAGCAAGAUAACAACCAUCGAGCGGGGAAUCGGCUUCACUGCCGGUGACUUUGUCCACAACACGGGAAAGACGCUGGGAGAAUGUAUGAAUUUGAUGUUCAUCUGGCGUUUGAUGAUAAAAAGAUAUCAGUACAACUGUUACGCAGGACGCGCAUACUUGUAGUACUUAUUUGCAUCAGGUACCAGCGUGCUACUUGUGAUAUUGGCGAUCGUUUUCAUUCACCUGUUCUGUGGUGAUGUCGUGACCUUCGAAACUUGUUCUCUAAAUGAAUCUGAAAAAAACAGGCGCGUUUGGCAACCCAGACGGUUUCCGCUCGGAGGGGUUCGGGGUGCGGAAGCACGCCAACGCCGGAAUCUUGUCCAUGUAUGUGGACGAGGACAAGCGACGGUGUCACUCGAAAUUCCACGUCACCUUCAAGAAGGCACGGAUCCUGGACCGGAAGCACAUCGUGUUUGGCUAUGUGGUGGACGGUAUGGACGUCGUGCGUGCGAUCGAGAAAGUCCCAGUGGAAACCAACGAAACGCCGCGGGUUCCCGUGGUGAUCACAGGCAGUGGGGAGUUGAAGCCGGAGGAAAUCCAGGCACUCGCAGAAAAACAAAAGAAGGCGAAGAUGUAUCAGCUGAACAUGGCGAAUGGUAGUGAAGAAAUUAACUUCAAUAGCUUUUUUCAAGAACCCGCGGACACAAGCAUUUUUGUCGUUUUUCGUAAGAAGUUCGCUCAGGAGGUGCUCGAUCACUCUUAUGGCCAAUUAACCAAAAUUGGAAUACGCACUUCUGAUUCUGCUCGGAUCUACGAUUAGUGAUUUCCAUUUGAUCUAGUAGAACUAGCCUGUGCACCCGCCUGUCUGAAGAAAAUAGUAUUUUUCGAAUAAUCUCCACUACAGUCGGCGCGGACCUUCUGAUGAACCCAAAACUGAACGCCAACGCGGCCUUUGCCGCGAAGGAGGGCGAGGAGCCGGCGGAGGACGAGAUUGCGUUCGACCCGUCCAGCGCCGCCGGGCCGCGGAUGCAGUCCCCUGACCCGGACGGGGACGAGGACUCCGACGAGGAGGAGGAUCCCGAGGUGGAGAAAAUGCGAAAAAAGCUCGCGGAGGAGUCAGAGUCGGACGACGACCAGGACGGCGCCUUUGGCCAACGCAAGAUCCAAAAAGUGGUGCCGCAGCUGGGCGCGAAGAGCAGCGACGGGAGCUAUUUGAAUCAGUCGGGCGAAAAGUUGCUUGCGGACGAGCUCGCGAAGGGCUUUGAGGAAGAGGGUGAGGACGGUGGUGACGGUGCCCCACAGAUCGGAAUCAAGAUAAAGAAAGUCGCUGGCGGACGAGGCGCGGCUGCGUCUUCUUCGUCAACCGGUGGAUCACGACACGCAGGGGCGAGCAGUUCUUCAGCCGUAGUUCCCGGCGCACAGCCUGUGGAGAACCGGAAGGACCGACUAGCGAAUCUUCGCCUGAAGAUGAACCAGGGGCGACAGCAGAACGUGACGGCGGUGCUCGAGGAGAAGAACAAACACGACAAGGGGAUAAUAACGUACUACAAGUACCAGCAGGAGAACAAGGACAAGGCCGACAAGAAGCAGCUACAGGACGAGUUGGCGGAGUUGGUGGAGGAGGGGAAACUGAACCCGGACGCACUGACCGCACGGCGGCGGGCCGCCGCGCCCAAGGGGAAGGAGUACCUGCAGGAGCCGAUGGAGAUCUCCAUGGCGAAGGAGAUGAAGAAGCGGAAGAAGAUGACUGCAGAUGAGAACAUCGCGUACAAUGUGUUCAACCAGGACUCGCUCUACCGCGCACAGGAGAAGCGCAACAACGAGAUCGUCUUCGACCACCACUCCUACCAACAGCAGAAGAAGGAGCUGGGCGAGGACGUGUUCUACAACGACCGCGCGCAGUACCUGGUGUCCGGGUUCAAGGAGACGCCGGCAAAUAAGCAAAAGUUCCUGGACGCCAUGGCCAAGGCGGAGGAAAAGAAGAACGCCUUCUCCCGCCGCCGCACGCACGUCGACGACGCGGACUUCCAGCACAUCAACGAACGAAACCGGGUGUACAACCAGAAAAUGGACCGCUUCUACGGCGACCACACGCUGGAGAUCCGCCAGAACCUGGAACGCGGAACCGCCUUGUAGUGAGCAGUGCGGUUGGAUUUUCUUCUUUUGCUGGUCUUCAGCAACACGGAGCGCGAGCUUUCGCGUUUUUUGUAUCACACGAAAUCUGAACAAUGACCCAAGAAGUACUUAUUAGUAUUCAUUUCAUGACGUACACGUCUACAAUGAAGCAGCGUCGCGUGCGUGGUACCUUACUUUAAGAGCCGUGCACUAUCAAGAGC